AUGUCGUCUCAAUCAAGCAAUGCUAAUUUGAUUAUUCAAUUGGGAAUUAUUCAGAGAAAUCUUUCAAAAUCUGUUGUCUUAGUUUUGCUUAUUCUUGGUACGAUCGGUUCUCUACUUGGUUUAAUGGUUUUUUCAAGAAAAACUUUUCGAAAAAAUCCCUGUUCAAUGUAUAUGAUUGCAUAUUAUCUGGGUAAUUUAACAUAUAUUCAUAUUAUAAUAAUACAAGCAGUAUUAUAUUAUGGUUAUGAUAUAAUGAUUUCUUCACAAAAUAUCCAUAGUUGUCGAGUGAGUUUAUAUAUGUCAAUAGUUUUAACUGUUUUAUGUUCAUGUUAUUUAAUUCUGGCAUCUGUUGAUCGAAUUUUAAUUACAUCAAGAAAUGCAAUAAUACGACAACGAAGCACUCGUCGUCUUGCUUUUAUUUCAAUCAUAAGUUUAACAUUAUUUUGGUUAAUAUGUCAUAUUCAUGUUCUAAUUUUCUCAACUAUUCUUCAAUCUGCACCGGGUUAUUUUGUUUGUUAUGCUCAAUUGGGAACGUAUUUAUCAGUUCUUAGUUACUAUAUGACAAGCAACGCUGUACUUAGUCCAUUAAUCUUAGCAUGUCUUGGUAUUCUAGCAGCAAGAAAUGUUAGUCAAAUAGGUAAAAAUCAAGUUCAUAUUGUUGCAUCAAAUGAUGGAAUAAGUUCAAAUGGUAUUUCUCAACGGUUACGUUCAAAAGAUCAUCAACUUAUUCGAGUCGUUCUUACUGAUGUUUUACUUUAUUUUAUAUCAAGUUUUCCAUUAUCAAUCAUGGUUCUUUAUCAACAAAUAAGUCAAUACAAUAUCAAAACUUUCGAACAAACACAAAUUGAUAGCUUUAUUCAAUAUACUUGUGCUGUGUUUGGAUAUAUUCCAUACUGUAUGAGUUUUUAUAUAAAUUUAUUAAUUUCAAAAACAUUUCGAAAUGAAGUGAAAAGUAUAUUUUUAUUCUACAAAUCUUAA